UCUUCUGUUCCCCCCCUUCCCCUUUUCUCCAGCCAGAAAGCCCGCUUCAAGCGCGCUCUUCUGACUUGCACUGUGUAGUCAAGUCGUAGGAGAUUGCUGCCUUGGCCAGCGUUGCCGAGGCUCACAGAGAGUCGUAGAUUCUACCUAUAGCCUCAGUGACAUACUGCAUGCCACGCUGAGGCAUGCGUCGGCCGCACGCAAUAGUUUGUUGCGUCGGCCCACAUCCUUUACCUCUCCCCCUAGUCUCUCAUGGGAUUGUGCUCUGGACAGAGCCACCCUCUCCCUGCAAGGUUGCUGCUGAAAGGAGUGCUGGAACCCCUUUUGGCGCGCUCUGCCUUUCUUUGAAGUAUGUCGACUAACACUUGCGAUGCGGAGUGGAUCUGAUCAUUCUGAUGAUGAUGAUGAUGAUGAUGAUUCCGUGGAUUUGCUGAUGUGGGGUGCCGUGUCUUUUAUUGCACCGAGCACCUACUUAACCGAUUGAUUGCGAUCUGAUAUUUGUUUUUCUCUGCUUUGAUGAGUCUUCCUGCCUUUCGGGAUCUCCUUGUCUGAUUUUAUGCCUUUGCAUGUGCAUUUUCCCCGAUGCUUGAUUGAUGAUGAUAUUGUGAUUAACUGAUUCAUUACCCCAUUGCAAUAGAGUAACACGUGUCCAUUUUUGAACCCUUUGAUGACUUGAAUGUAGGUAGUUGACGAUGAACUAAGCUUAGGCCUGGAUCUCGAAAACGCGACUUUAUUACCGUUCUGAUGGGAUCUAACAUGUCUGCUUGCUGUAGCCAUGUUCUAGUGGUGAUGAUGUUUUUGUGGAGGCGUGGGGGAGAGGCAGCAGGAGAGGAGCUGGAGCAGGAGCAGGACCAAGGUGGCUUCAAAAACAUACCUUGAGAAGUCAGCAGGCACGCGUCUCCCUGUUAUGUUCGGUGGCGCUUGUGGGUGCCAUUGAUAUUGCAAGGGAAACGUGUCUGCGACUUACCAUAGUAUGUCGUUGGAGUUGCCCUUCUCUUCUCUUCACAGUGGCCAUGAUGGUUACUCUCGUGUACAUUGCUUUUCCAGGGCAGGGGAGUUCUUUCAGUGUGACUGUCUGUUUUGGCAGUUUUCACGAAGAUGGAGCGAGGGCUCUAUUGAUUGCUUGAUACCUUUGGAUGGACCCCGGAGUCGUCGAUCAUACGAAUUGGGAGGCGGGGAUCCGACCGAAUCGUCCAUGGAUUGGAACGUUUAAAGAGAGAAGUCCUGAUUUAUAAGUUUGAAGUGCUCUGAACGGGAGCGAGGCAGGAUGUCGGUGGAUGCGGCUUGGCUUUGCAGUGUGAGUUUUGUGAAUUUUGUGUCCGUAGCCUCGGAGAAGGUUUGUUUGUGUAUGCCCUAUGCCCCUCCCUUAGUCCCCAGGAUAACGUGAGGGGACCCUUCGGAAUGGGUGGGGGGGCGUGGAAGGAUCUUGACUCUGCUGUUUUGUGAGCGGGUAGGUUGUUUUGACGACUCGUUGAAGUCGGGGCGAGCGAAUGGAGGUUGGUUCGGAUGGUCGUAUGUGGUGUUUUGGAGGUGGUGUGAGCAAUAGCCAAGUGCUGGGGGAGAGUAGGCAGUGGGCGGGUAGGCUAGGUCAGUUGUAGGUUGGUGCAGGCCUGGGGCUUGCUGAACAGAGCACUAGAUGUAUUUGUGAAGUAUAUCCGAUAAAUAUAAAUGUGCGAUGGUCGUAUGAAAGGAGUAGCGAUGUCGAGAGUGAGAAACUGAAACAGUUACGAACGGUUGCAAUUCAUUGUUGCUCUACAAACGGACUGGAAGAGGUCUCGCUGUAGGUGUGGGAUAUAAUGAGGAAUGGAAACAGAGAUAUGGUGUGCAUUAUUGUCGUUCUCCAUCUCUUGGUGAAAAUCCUCUGUGCCUAUGUGACGUCAUUUCUGUCUGAAUUGUUGUCCUUUUGAGUCAGGGUUGAUGAGUGGCAGUGCCACGUGCUGUUGAUCUGCCGGAGUUCGUUGUUGGGGUGCUCGCUUCCGUCUUCUGGCAGUCGUUACUGUCUGAAUUGUGGUCCUUCGAGUCAGGGUCGAUGAAAGGGGGGUGUGAAUUCCGGUGAUACGUCUGUGGUGGCAGGAGAAUCGGGGGGCGGGGGUGUUAUUUCGUUGCGUGUAUGGCGAAGAUGUGGAGUCGAGGGUGUUGGAUGAAGUAGAGGAAGAUCAGUCCCCAGUUAUAAUGGACCUCUUGAGUAUAUAUGUGGAAAUGGAAUAUAGCGUUCAUAAUCUUAGAGUUUACAGUUUGACUGGAAUAAUAUGGGCAGAACGGUGCGAAUUAAAAAACACCGGGCUAGUAGUGCGCACUCGUUACGUGUAAAUUGGUGGUUGGUGGUUGUUUCUUUGACGUGAAUAAGUGUCCUGAAUUCUUCGUUGACGUUGUUCUCUAUUGAGGGGUUUGUGGACGGAUUAAGAGUAGUGCAUUCCAGGGGUGCGAUAGCGGUGUUCGUUUGAGGCAUUGUUACCUGUGUGUUCAAUGGCCAUCGGAUAAGCUGUUUAAGGGCCAAUUGAUCUGAAGGGGUAAAUGGGUUAAUGAUGGAACUGGAUGCGAAGAUCUUUGACAAUCGGUGAAGUGGCGAAGGUAGUCUGUUCUACAUGUCGGGCAAUGUGUGCUUGUUAGUGGCCAUUAAUCGGUAGGUGUCGUGAAUCGAUCUCUUACGAGCAGAUGUAUUGCGUUAAACGUGAUGUGGAAAAGAGGUCCUGUGCACAAAAUCGGUGUCACUGUCACACUUACCACGAUGGUGCGGAUGAAAUAAAAUAAUUCGGAAUUA